UAUCAUGUUGUGUUUUGUGCUCGCAAGAAAAGCAUGUUUUAUCGACAAUUAUUAAUCAUUUGAAUUUUAAUCCUAUAUUUAUGUAUGUACAUACAUAUGUAGCGCUUUAGAAUUCCAGCCAAAUUUUUAUUUUAUGGUGUCAUGCGCAAUUUCGCUUAUUUCUCCACAUUCAUACGAAUAUUGAGGGGAUUCACAAUCGGUCAGUUUAUACACAUUCACAAUAGUCCCCAUUUCCAAAUUUCUUCAAUAGAAAAAGAUCAAAGUGGCAACACACAUACAUAUAUUUAUAUAUAAUAUGGUGGAUAUAUUAUCACCAGUAUUACGACGGUAUAAAAAUAUUUAUCACAUGGAUUAAUUUAGCCCACGAAUAAGAUUCCAAACAGUAAGGCAACGGUAUAAAAUAUCAAAGUUACCUCUAUCGUUGCCAAUCAGAUAUUAUACGCUGUUGUUUAAAUGUCUAUGUCGUCACAAUCUUAUAAGGAGUCUAAUUAAAAAAAUAAAAAUAUAAUGAAAGGCAAUGAACCCAAUGACGCAAAAAAAACAUUGCUGGAGGGCCUGAACGAGCUUUAUAAGUUAUUUGAAAAUAAAGUACUGUCUCAGGCGCAUUAUUUAUUUCUGGCCGUCUACGUUAUUGCACUGCAAACCGGAUUUAUACCGCAAAGUUUCUUUGUUAACCGCCUAAGGGGCUUGCUUCCACUUGACUCUUGGUCCACAUCUCAGACAAGCAAUGUGAAAAUAUGUUGUAGCCAACCGCCAACAUAUCAUCACGAUUCCCCGCAUGAAAGUUAUUUUACUGAAAAUUUCAUUUCAGCUUUUAAUUCCAAAGAGGAGGAUAAAUUGAAAUCUCAACUAAUCGCAAUAGUCACCGGUGACUUUAUGAUCGUCACCUUAUCGCCACAUUCGUCGGCGCGGAUACUGGGGCACAGUAGUUGCCUGUCCAUUGGACGUUACGUAAUCGAUCAGUCGCAAUGUAAGAAAACACUAGACAACUGUUAUCAGAAGUUGGAUCAAUUGCAAUUUCAAUUACGAAAUGAAUUAUUUGUGCCGAUCCGUAUGGCUCAGCUAUCCAUAUUGGGCGCCUUUCCGUUGCCAACUUUUAUGGGAAUUCCCAGGGAGCUUCGAUUUGAGAUCUACAAGUAUUUAAACUCAAAGGAACUGCUCAGGCUUCGGCGGGUUAGUAAAGACAUUCUCUUAGAAACAAAAACAUUUGCAAUGGUUAAGUAAUAGAAGGUAACUAUAGUAAUAUUGAAAUAUGGUAUGGUAAUAACAAUAAAAACCUAUUAAAAACAAAUGACAAAUUA